UACCACAGAACUUAAAAUAGUACAGUGGAAGGCGAGCAUGCUAUGAGUUGACAAAAGUGUUCUGUGGCCCUGACUUCAAUAAGCAGCAACGAGCAUCUUGAAUCUUUUAGACUGUUCUUUUAAGCAAUGUGUGAUUUCUGCUUACAUCCAGCCAGGGGAUAAGUAUUUCAGAGGAGAGUUGAUUGGGUUGCAACCCAUUAAGCCCAUUGGUCACUGGAUCAAAAAGUGUCAUCAUGGUGCGUAAUGUGGAUGACCUGGACUUUUGCCUGUCCUCACACUCACAGACCAUGUUGGAGGGACUGCGUUCUCUCUGUUCCCACCCCAAUCUCGUGGAUGUGACCUUAAGUGCUGGUGGGCGGGACUUCCCCUGCCACCGUGGCAUCCUGGCACUCUGUAGCCUCUACUUCCACUCCAUGUUCUCAGGGGACUUUGUGGAGAGCAUAGCUACGCGGAUAGAGCUUCAGGAUGUGGAUCCUGAUGUGCUUGCCACCCUACUAGACUUUGCUUACACUGGAAAACUCACCAUCAAUCAGGGAAAUGUGGAGGGCCUGAUAUGCACCUCAAGUCAGCUUCAGUUCCAAACAGUGCGUGCCGUCUGUAGUCGAUACCUGCAGCACCAGAUAGAUGCUAGUAACUGCCUUGGCAUACAAGAGUUUGGAGAGAUCCAUGGCUGUCCCGAGGUGGUGGCGAAAGCCAAAGCAUUUCUUUUGGAGAACUUUGAGGCAGUGCAGCAGCAUGAGGAGUUUCUGCUUUUGGAAAAGGAUAAGCUAGUGGCAUGUCUGGAGGAUGAGGGUCUGAAGGUACGGAAUGACUGUGCUCGAGCUGAGGCAGCACUUGCAUGGGUCAGGCAUUGCAGAGACAGCAGAAUCUGUCACCUGCCAGAACUACUGAGACUGGCGAGACUACCUCUUCUGCCUGAGUCCUACCUAAUGGAAAUCCUUUUGAAAGAUCCUCUAGUUCAGGAUUCCCCAGAAUGCAAAGAACUGCUUGAGGUUGUUUCCAGUGAGAAAAUGAAUACAAAACCAGGUGAAUCAGCACAGAGUCCUUUCCAAAAUACCCCUCACAACCUGCAGGAAGUGUUGUUUGUGAUGGGUGGUCGCUCUCUAGAUGACUCUGAUGAAGAAGAUGAGGAGGAAGAUGGUGAGCGAGAGAUCAGGAUUCAUCCCAGGAACUGUGCUUUCUACAACCCAAAGCUUCAGCAAUGGCACCAGCUGCCUGAUUUUCCCAACUACAAUAAGUGGGGUUAUUCCAUGGUCUCUUUAAACAAUGAUGUGUAUGUUACAGGAGGUUCGAGAGGUUCCCAGUCCAAUACCUGGUCAACCACAGAGACCUGGAAGUAUAUCACUCGUGAAGGGAGGUGGGUUACAGUAGCGCCAAUGUUGAGGCCCAGGACUAACCACUCCUCUGCAGCGCUAAAUGGAGAGAUUUAUGUCAUUGGAGGCACUCUGAUGGACAUUGUAGAAGUGGAACACUAUGACCCGUACAGUGACAGCUGGGCUCUGACAGCUCCUGCAGUGAAAUAUGUGACCAACUUCACAGCCACUGCAUGUCUGGGGAAGCUGUAUGUCAUUGGCUCCUGUGCUGUCAAAUAUAAUGCCCUGACUCUUCAGUGCUAUAACCCUGUGAUAGAUGGUUGGAGUAUCAUCUGCUCUCCAUUUAUCCCAAAGUACCUAUCCUCUCCUCGUUCCAUUUCUAUGGAUGGGGUCAUCUAUCUAAUAGCAGACAACACCAAAAAGGUGUAUCUGUAUGACCCAGAUGCUAAUAUGUGGCAGAAGGUUCAGUUCCUGCACAAACUCCAUGAGAACGGAGGCUUGGUGGUUCUGGGAGAGCAGCUCUAUGUGACUGGGGGCCACUGGAAAGGAAUGGAGGGAGAUUAUGGUGUGGAAGUGGAGGUGUACAACCGAGCAUCCAACACUUGGAGGGUGGAAUGUUUCCUUCCCAGGCUGUGGUACUACAGCGGCUGCUGUUCUAUCUUCCUAGACACGUCCCAGUGGCCUGAGCUCUUUCCUGAAGAGACGUAAUGGGAGGCAGUGAUGUGAAGCUGUACAGUUAUACUGUAAGCUUCAGUUAUACUAGAAUGAACUUAGCUCAGCUAAGCUGACUAACACUAGAAUUCUCUCUCAGAUAUAUGAAAUGGAAAUUUUUACUUUUUUUUUAUUAUUAUUAUUUUUAAGAAACAGAAAACAUGUUUCAGUAGAAAAAUACACCUUCAAGGAAAUAAAGUAGAAAAGUGCUGUUGUGUA